AUGGAUGUCCCUAGAGGCGUUUUUAACGAUUAUUCUUCGUUUGGAAAUGUCACCACCUUGGCUGAAGCCUUCAACAACUUCAAUCAGUUGCCCCAAUUAAGCUUUGUUGAAAAAUUAUGGGGGACAUAUUAUUAUUACAUCAAUAACGAUUUGUUCGCUACUGGAUUGUUGAUUUUCAUCAACCACGAAAUCAACUAUUUUGGAAGAUGUAUUCCCUGGAUGGUAAUCGACAACAUUCCAUUUUUCAGAAAAUGGAAGAUUCAAGAAACCAAGGUUCCUUCCAACAGAGAACAAUGGGAAUGUAUGAAAUCAGUGUUGACUUCACAUUUCUUGGUGGAAGUAUUUCCAAUCUGGUUCUUCCAUCCUUUAUGUGCUAAGUUGGGAAUUGCUUUCUCGGUGCCUUUCCCAGCCUGGACCACCAUAGCUAAGCACUUGGCAAUUUUCUUUAUUUUGGAAGAUGCAUGGCAUUACUGGUUGCACAGAGGUUUGCAUUAUGGGGUUUUCUAUAAGUAUAUCCACAAACAGCACCAUCGGUACGCAGCUCCGUUUGGAUUGGCUGCUGAAUAUGCUCAUCCUAUUGAGGUGAUGUUGUUGGGAUUCGGAACUGUUGGUAUUCCCAUUGUGUACUGUUUGAUCACUGGAAACUUGCACCUUUUUACCAUCAACUUGUGGGUUGCCUUGAGAUUAUUCCAGGCCAUUGAUGCUCAUUCAGGUUAUGAGUUUCCUUGGUCCUUGCACCAUUUCUUGCCAUUCUGGGCCGGUGCUGACCAUCACGAUGAGCAUCACCACCACUUUAUUGGUAGUUAUGCCAGUAGUUUUAGAUGGUGGGACUUUUUCUUGAACACUGAAGCUGGCCCAAUUGCCAAGAAGAAGAGAGAAUCCAGAAUGAAGACAAGAGCUGAAAUGCACCAGAAGAAGGUUCAGUAGAUAAUCAUAUAAGAAGCACCGGGUGCCAUAUAAUAUUCAUUAAAAUUGAUAUGUCAAUGGUUUUAUAGAUUCAAAUGUACGAAACAAUUAUGGAGAGAUCCAAGCGCUUGUCGAACCGUAUAUUCAUUAUAUCAUACAUUCAUGUACUUUUCUCAAUUGAUGAAGCAUAUACAUUGUAUUCUCGUCUCAUCUUGACAAUAUCAAUAAAGUCCAACCGGUUGCUGAACUUGGAGUAGUCGUCAAUACCAAACUCAUUCGACUCUUUCAAGCUUUUGUUGAUAUGUAUAAAGUUCAAGUAAGGAGAUGGUGAAUGAACAAUCUCGUUAUCGAGGUUGAGCCUCAGAGGCAUUUGAAUGUUGGUGACGGAAGAAUAGAAGAUCAAGCAGAGACUUAUCACCAACUCAAGAAGCAAGUCCGACCUGUUGUAUGAAAUGGGGAGCUUAUUGUACUCAUAGGCCGAGUAGGCACAGUGCAAGAGUAAUGCUAUUCCCAACAUGUUGAAUGGAAGAAAUGAUAGUUGAUUUGAUUCU